CUAAUUGUUUUCAGGACCAUUUAUUUGUCCUGUAUCUGUUACUGAUCGUGACAGGUUUGGUCGUCCGUAGUCAACGUAAGCCUGCAAUCCAACAGUUCUUAAAGCUCACUCAGACAUUAAUCCAGGUAAAUCCACCAGUGGAAGCGAGUUUUUCCAGCGGAAGAUGCUGCUGUGCUGAGGUUGCAUAAGAAGCAGCGGAUCUGCACAGCGCCUCUACCGUCGCCCUCCCCUCCAGUGUCUGUUUAAAUGAGGCAGCGUUGCUCCGCUCCGCUCUGCGCUCUGAGUGGCUCACAGAACGGGCCGCUCUGUUAUGGAGGACUAACCCACUGGAAACACCGCACAGCGCCUCUUCUGACUCGCGGCCACGGCUCUUCCAGGCCGGGAGCCUGUGGAUCUCCACAUUUCCCCUCAUCCCCGAUUGUGGAUCAUCGUGCUUCUAUGGGAUCGGAAGGUGCAUCUCUUGCUUGCCGACAGGACGCGGGACUGCCUCCCUGAUAAUUCUUCAUCUCGGCCUUUUCUGCGUCGCUGCGUUGGGAGAAAACGUGAUCAAGCGUCAGGAAAUAGCGCGGUGAUCAUGGAUUAAUUCAUGUCCGAGUGAAUUCUCAUCUUAAAAGGUUCCCAAUGUUGAACAUGUCCACCCCCAGUGAGCUGAAGUCUCCCUGCAUGACCCGCAAUGGUAUGGUGAAGUUGCCCCCCACCCAGCCUAACGGUCUGGGCAGCGCAAGUAUCACCAAGGGGACACCUGCUGCUAAGAACCGCCUCUGCCAGUCCUCCUCUGUACCCUCCAUCUUACCUCCUCCACCAUCCUCUCUUCCCUACCAUCACCAUCUGCACCAUUUGGACAGCCCUGGAAUGCCCCAUGGUGCAGCACCCCUCCUGCCCUCUGACCUGGAGCCAGGGAAACCUCUGGUGGGCCUGAAGCCAUCUCUUCGUCAGCUUCCCCCUCUCACUUUGCCCAAACCUGUGCUGCUGGAGCGUCAGCUGGUCCUGGAUGAGAAGCUCCUUAACCGACUACUCUGGUACUUCACCACAGCAGAAAAAUGUCUGCUGGCACAAGUAUGCAAGACAUGGCGUAAGGUUCUGUAUCAGCCUAAGUUCUGGGAGGGUGUGACACCCAUCUUGCAUGCCAAGGAGCUUUACAACAUACUGCCCAAUGGGGAGAAGGAGUUUGUCAGCCUGCAGGCCUUUGCUCUGCGAGGCUUCCAGUCUUUCUGCUUAGUGGGCGUUUCGGACCUCGACAUCUGUGAGUUUAUUGACAACUACCCGUUGUCAAAGAAGGGGGUUCGCUCUCUCAGCCUGAAGAGGUCUACCAUAACAGAUGCUGGGUUGGAGGUCAUGUUGGAGCAAAUGCAAGGACUGAUGCACCUUGAGCUGUCAGGCUGCAACGACUUCACCGAAGCUGGCCUAUGGUCCAGUCUCAAUGCCAGGCUAACCUCUCUCAGUGUCAGUGACUGCAUCAAUGUGGCUGAUGACGCCAUCGCUGCUAUUUCCCAGCUCCUGCCCAACCUAUCAGAGCUGAGCCUGCAGGCCUACCACGUCACUGACACAGCCAUGGCCUAUUUCACAGCCAAACAGGGCUACACCACUCACACCCUACGGCUCCAGUCCUGCUGGGAGAUCACCAACCAUGGUGUGGUAAACAUGGUCCACAGCCUUCCCAACCUGACUGCCCUCAGCCUCUCGGGCUGCUCCAAGAUCACUGAUGAUGGCGUUGAACUGGUGGCCGAGAAUCUCCGAAAGCUCCGUAGCCUGGAUCUGUCCUGGUGCCCUCGGAUCACCGAUAUGGCCCUGGAGUACAUUGCCUGUGAUCUGCACAAACUGGAAGAGCUGGUGCUGGACAGGUGUGUGCGAAUCACUGACACAGGGCUGGGCUACUUGUCCACCAUGUCAUCAUUAAGAAGCCUUUAUCUGCGCUGGUGCUGUCAGGUGCAAGAUUUUGGUCUGCAGCAUUUGUUUGGAAUGAGAAGUCUUCGUCUACUGUCUUUAGCAGGCUGCCCCCUGCUGACCACAACCGGACUGUCAGGCCUCAUCCAGCUGCAGGAUCUGGAGGAACUGGAGCUGACCAACUGUCCAGGAGCCACCGCUGAGCUCUUCAAAUACUACACCCAGCACCUGCCCCACUGCAUGGUCAUUGAAUAAGACCACCCAGCCCUCAUCAGACAGACCACCGUACUUCAACCUUCCUCCUCCUACAUUCUUCCUUGUCCUUUUCACUCCAAGCUGUUCCUGCAUCGUUCCCCCCCCCCUGCCCCCCCCCCCCCCACUCUUCACCCAUCUUCCCCCUCAGCCACCUGAACAGAGAGGCAGGAAGGUACAGGAUAGGACAUGCCAUAUCUCGAGGAUAAAGGCAUGGCGUCUGAGCUUCAUUUAAGAAGAUGCGGGAGUGAAGAACUUGGUGUGACGUCUUGUCUGACAGCAAGUUUCUUUUUCACAAUCAACAGAUGGCUGUUAGUUCUGGAGGAGAGCCUCUCUAUAGCCUUGGGUGGAGUUUUUUUUCUAUUGAGAGGACACAGAACGGAGAGAGAGCAGACCGAGAUGCAACAAAGAGGAAAGAGGAAGUUAAAGACUUUUUGUUUGAUGAAGAUGAAGAUUUUUUUAGCUGUCUGAACUCACACAUAAGCUCAUACACUGCAAAACACACUAAAACGUAUACUGUAUGUAAGUGAAGCAAAUAUAACUUCUCAAGAUCAUGAGUGCUGACACUUCUCAUCUGUCCUUGUAAUAUACCUGCUGUUUCCCUUUUUCUCAGAAGGAAUCAAAAGUUUAGUUUUCUCUUGUUUAGUUGAAGACUUUGCGCGCCGGGCCGAAGGAAGCGGAACCUGACGGAACUGAACAAGUGAAUAAGGAUGGACCAUCUCAAUCUCUUUUUUCUCCCUGCUUCUGUGUGCGUGUGUGUCAUAAACCCACAACUCCCCAUCUUUGGGAUAAUCUUUUUUUUCCUUUUUCUUUUUGUGUCUUAACUGAAAUCUCGCAAAAAAAGAAAAAAAUACAAACAAACAAAAACAUCCAAAACAAAACAGGAGUAAAAAAAAAAGAAGAUCAGAAACACAACUGUUUACAUCAGCUUUUGGUUUUUGCUGGGUGGGGUGGGGGUGUAGUCGCACGCUCAUUUGACUCGUUUGGUUUUUCCAAUCAUUUGUGAGCUCCACUGUUUUUGUAUAUUAGUGACAUGGGGUGGUUGAGACGGUGCGCCGUGACUGAGCAGUCAGUCAAAGGGAGAGCAGACUGUGCAGAGAGCAUUCACAUGGAAAGCUUCUCCUAAGAGGAGAAGAAUUUCCACAAACAAGGCCUUUUGCAGAGUCACAUGGCAUAAACAGAUUGGUUUUGAGACUUUUAGUGACGUGUUGAUGUAUCUGCGCUCCAGCUACUAAAUACUUUCAUUUAGCAGGGGGUUGAGGUCGAGGAUUUUUUCUCCAAACAUGAAGAUUACGUCUUCAAACUUUGUUUCUGCCACAACUUUAAAAUUAGAGUAACGCCUGAUGUUAGUUAUUUUAGUGCAUUUGAACUUGUGUGGCUCUGAUGCUUCUAACGCUACGUCUGAUGCAGCCUGCAAAGCCAGGUUGCUUCAGCAGCCAAAAUGAAGGUUCAGUGAGUUCAGUAUUUAAAGAAACGUCUCCACAACAGGCAGAGACUCAGGGCUCUUGGGAUUUACCUAAUUCAACAAUCCUGUUCAUGGGAAUGUUUUAGAUUAUUCUCUAGCUAGAAUUUUGGAUGAAGUUUUGGUCUCUGAUUUUGGAUCUCUGAUUUUUGUAAACCUUUUACCUUCUAAAACUGAUUCUAGCUGAUUCCAGUUUUAGUUUGAGAACAAUGCAUACAUCUUCCAACUAUAAAGAAUAUUUGAGGAGAAGACUGAGGACAUUUUUUUUAUUCCCUUCCUGUCAUGAAUGAUUAUAUUAAUUAGGGACAAAGGAAACUUCACACUGAGCAUGUCAGCGACCAUUCAAAUCACUAAUACUUUAAAACAAAGACAGAGGUUACAGAGUGAACUUUUUUGUCUGUAGCAUCAGCCAUCAGUGCGGUUAAUGUGGCUAGCAUUACUUAAACAGAAUGUAGGUCAUUACCUUAAGUCCCAGGCUGCCAACAUUUCCCAAUGCAGUAUGACUGACAGAGGUUAAAAGUUAAAAAAAAUGGCAAACAUGGCAACUUUAUGGUAAAAUAUGUGUUCUCCUUCUUGCUCCUCUGUAGUCGAUCCCAGACAUACUGUAUUCUGACAUGUAGAGAUCUCACCGUCCUUUGAAACAGCUUCUUACCAUCCGUGUGUCUCCUUACUUCCUUUUAAACGCAUCACUUAUACUACAAAUAACUAGUCUUGAAUUUUUUUUUACGCCAUAACAGCAUCCAUAAUAAAGAUAAUGGAUGUAUGAUGCAUUCACUGAUCAGAAAAUGCCAAAUUUUCUUGUUUCCAACCUGGUUCAAUCAUUGAUCAGGGCUUGUCAGACUGAAAAUGACCCAGUUCCAGUCACCAGCCAAUUUCUCCGCACACCUCAAGCUUCAGGCAGUUACUAGAGCCUUUAAACAGAACAAUUAAACAUAUCCAUGUAGGCGUCCUUCAGCUUGGACAACAAAAUUGCUCAGUGACAUAAAAUUGCCGGAUUUGUAAAAUUGGUAAGCCGGAAGUCCGUGACCUUAUUUAGCAGCACUGCAGCAAAUGCUGUGACUCAGUAGUUCUAAAACCGUAACAGAGGGAUGCAUGUGGGUAUCAUCAACCACCCAAUGAAUCCAUAAUUUUCCAUGGCCAGCCAGUUACAGAAUGACAACAACACCUCUUAAUGCAAACCCACUGACUUGCCUGUAACACUAUUGCGUCAAUUAUUAUAGCACAGCUUAUGUGCUCCUAGAUGUCCCACCAAGCUGCAAAUUGAAUUAUUUACAAACCAAUCACUGAUCCGCCGGAGUACCAAAUUUCAUCCAAAUCUGAUCAUUCCUUGUCGGUUCUGAAAACGGUGCUUAACUAUUUUUCUGAGUUAGUGUCUUUGCUGGGCAUUGUUCAGACAAAGUGUAAACUAACAGGGGAGGCUUGUUGCCUGUAACGAAACACAGGAGAUGUAAUAAAUCCACAGAACUAAAGUUCUCAGUUUCACACACAUGGAAUAUUUGCUACAAUAAUUCUGUUAAUAAUUAUAAGGCAUAAAGGAAAAGCAGUAAAGUUUCCUAGAAGCUAGCACCACUUGGAAGCAGCCAUUGUGGUAUCUGUCAGUAUACUGGACGGAGCCCAUCACACUCCUCUGCCCUACUUUCUGCCUUGUGUGUCCUCAGAUGUGCUGACUGCCACCGAAAGAAGCUAGAUCAGUGUCAGCCAGUUCUAGAUUGUGCCAAAUGCAUCCACAGCAGCACAUAAAAUGUGUCUAGCAGACCACUGACUACCAUGAAACGGACUGAGGGCUGAACAUACAGUGCAUGUUUCCACUUGGUCUGUGUUUUUGCUUCGAGACGGUUAGUUUUAGACUUUCAGCAUCUCAUUGGUGUACAGACGUAUAUUUAUUUAUUCAUGUAUUUAUUUAUUUAAAUAAAUGUGUGUCUUAUUUGCAGGAUUUAUUUAUUGAAAAGGCAUUUUUCAACAAUUUUGUUUUAGUUUUCAAGUUUGCUGUGUGUGACCUUAAUUGAGCUUAUUCAAGAAUUGCUGUUUUCUAUUACUAUUAUUAACAAUAUUAUUAUUUAUGUUGUGACAUUUCAGGCCCCGUUUGUAAAAUGAUCUACUAAACUCUUGGAAAACAUUAACAUCAUGACCAGUAACUUCAAGUUUUUAAAAUCAUCACAAUAUACUAAAAUAUAUUUUCCUCCGUGCAAGUCUGUGUCGACUUUGUAUUGCUGCUUGGUCCCUACAGAAUAAGGGGAUCUUCAGCUGUGAUGUUAUAUUUACUGUCAUUGUGCUGAAUGUGGCAGCAAAAAUACAGAGUAUGAUAUACAUAAAAGCUUAUAAUGUGUGACUUCACCCUCUGGCAUGGCUGAGCAAUGUUUACAUUGUCUAAUUUUUAGAAAAGGGGCAAGAUCUCUGAGGAUUCUAUGGAAGCUUAUUACCGACGUACUAAAACUAGAGUAAACAGCAGUAGGAUCUGGACAUAGUCCAGCAAUCUGGCCUCAGUGCAACCUUCUAUCACCGGUUUUGGAGAACUCAAAGCGAUAGUUCAGGGCUGUUGAAGUGAGGUUCUGUUAAAAUGUUAUAAGCAGUUAGUAUUUUACCUGCAGUAGAUAAUUCUUUGGAUCUUCAUUUCAAAUAAAUCCAGAUUAGUUAGUCCCAGCGGCUGAAACUGACAGCAAGUCCAACAGGAAGCAAAAGCAAAGUGUACUUCAUGGUGGUUUAUGUGUGGCCUACACUGGAGGUAGGAGGCAUUGUAACCCUCCUGUGUGAAACACAUAUUGAGAACUGAACUACGGAGACCAGAACCCAACCAGUAACAUGUAGGUCAUGGGACUGGUUUAAAUUGGAAGUUCAGCUUUUAAAUAGCUGUGGAAAUUGUUAAAAUAUUAGUCUAAUUAAUUUGAGACUUAGUAAUUAAUUAAUUCUGGGUGAGGACUUCAUUAGUGGAUAAACAUGUGCAUGAACAUUAACAGUCCCAUUAGAUGUAGACUUGUUUGUUCUGGCUCUGAAUCCUAUUCUCUGGUAGAUUAUGGGCUGGUGUCUGACAAGCAACAUGUUUGCAUUGAGGUGAUACCGUUUACCUAAAGUCCUGCAGCACUCAAUACACCUUGUACAUCUUCAUUGUGAUUGGUUAAUUAACUUUAGGUGUAUUUCUGCCACAUACGUCAGCAUUACCACUGAGCCAAAGAAGUAGGAUUGAUUGCAUUUCUUUUAUAUAACAACAGAACUGUGUCAAUGUCUCAGCCCUACUUUUAAUAUGACUAAUACCAGAACCUGUAUCUUUUAAAUACAAAUUUAAAAGAUAAAUUUAACGUAUUCACAAUCCUGAAUAAUAUAUUGAAAAUAUGCUGCAUUUCUCCAGUCAAGCUGUUAGAGUUGUGGUACCUUUUCCCCUGAUCAAUGAAUCUGACCAUGUGUUUAGAACAGCAUGAAAAAAAAAAAAACAGUUAUCACGCUGAAGUGGUUAGUGGUCCAAUACAAAACGCCUGUUUUUCUUAUUUAGAAAACUGCCCAUAACAUUAUGGGAAGAUCCAUUAUGAAACACAAAUAAAGGCAUUACAUUUAUUUCAGAGAAGGACAUGCACUGUUCUCUUACUAUUUAUUGUUGUCCAUCCCUAGAAUAAACUAAGUGCAAGAGCAGCCUUAUCUUUUUUGUCCACAAAAAACAGGCCUUCUAAAUAUGAUAACAGCACCACCUGCUGUUUGGUCUGUACCUACGGUCAGUAGAAGGAUUAUUACUAUUAAUAAACUCACUAAAAAGUGCAAAACUUAACUGAAGUUUAUCUUUAAUAUUAAUAGCUUGAUGUUAUUGUUGCCAUAUGAAGUUUAUAGCCAGUUAAAAGUAAUGUGCCAUUUUUCCAGAAAGAGAAUGUACUGUGUCCACAGGCAGUGGACAUUUUAGCUUUAUCCUUCGUUUUGACUGCAGGUACAAAUCGGUCUAAAGGCCAUUUAUACUGUUGCCAAUAUUAUCUAGUUUAAAGAGUGUGAGAAACCAUUAUAUAUGUUAUACAUUUUAAAAGGGAUUAUGGGUAACCUCCAGAAUGACACCUUUAAUGCAUUAGAACAGAAAAGAAUAAAAGUUACAAUUUUGACCCAUUUUGUUGAGAUGGGGGGCCUGAAACAUUUUCCAGCUAUUGUGCAACAGAAAACAUUUAAGAACCACUGGGUUAGAGUAACUAUCUACAGCAGCUUAAGAGAGCAAUAUCUUUUUCAGGGUUUGCUCUGCUUUAGUUUUCUCUUUCAGUAUGUGUUUCACACAGGAAGGCCAUUUGUGGUGCACUGCCUCCUACUACCAUUUCCUGUUUAAAAUAGGACUGGUCUUUUUGUAAGUAACAUCCUCAGGGAAAAAUGGUUGCUGGUUUGUAAGUUCAUAAAAUACCAUUGAGAUCGAUGCUGUUAAACUCACUGGAGUAUCACUUUUGUCUUGGCACCUGUCUGAUUAACUUUGGCCUCUGGAUUCAUAAUGAAUGAAGACAUAAAUAGAUCUACUGCAGGUAAAUGGUUUCAGGUGUUAAUUGUGUUAAAUGCCUUCAGACUUUUGACAGAGCCGCGCUACAAAAAUCCUGAACAAUCCCUGUAAGGUUUUAUUAUAAUGACAAAAAUUACGUGUUAUUGAGGAUGAUUGUAAUAAUUCUAUAAAAAAUUUUACCUCCCCGUUUCAUUGGGCUCUAUACCAUUCAUUUCCAAGUAACUCUGUGUCUGUGUUCUCCAACGCGGACUUCCAGUUUAAAAACACAGUUGAGGGUUUUUGUGCUUGCGGUAUUUUGCUUUUGAAAAGCUUCCACGGAAUUCACAUGUCUGUUUACAUAUCAUGAGCUCUCAUGCACAGUCAUUUCGUAGCUGCAAACAACUAACCUUUCUACGGAGCAUCACCCCAGGUCAUUUUCUAAGACAAAUCAUUUCUAUUACUGUCUGCAGUCUUUUUGGUCAUCUGUCACCAUUUUGUUACAACCCUUGUACAGCACAAGUUUAACUAAGCAGUGAAAUAAAAACAACGAUUUACUGACAUUGUUGAAACUGA